AUGGAUGGUCGUUCUGGAUCCAAUGCCACACACGAUAAAUUUGUCUUGUCCUACAUUACGGUCACUCCGGUACAACUGAGUUUUGCCCGACCUGUGGUAGUCCUGGGUCACAUGAAGGACCGCAUUGCCGACGAGUUAUUGUGCGAAUUCCCCGACCGCUUUGGCACUGCCGUUCCCUACACCACGCGUGCGUGCCGAUCAAACGAGGUCGAGGGUCGUGAUUAUCACUUUGUCGUGAGUCGAGAAAUUAUGGUUGCCGAUAUUGCCGCACAACGCUACCUGGAAGCGGGUGAAUACAAUGGCAAUUUGUAUGGAACUCAUUUGGAAUCCGUGUUUGAAGUGGCCGAGUUGGGAUUGCACUGCCUGUUGGAUGUGGGUGGACCUGCGCUGCGCCGACUGGAGGCUGCUGGUUUGCCUCCGAUUGCAAUUCUAGUACUCCCUGAAACUUUCUCGUCCCAACCCACUCCGACAUCAAGCAAAUCCACCGAAACAUGUGCCUCAUCUGCCAAGUCUGCAGAGGCUAAAUCAACUGAAAUGAACGCUACACAUAAUGCGCAAAUCAAAUUAGCCCGUCUAAUCAGACAUUUCUCCAAUUAUCUCACCGAAGAAAACAUAAUCGCUAUCCAACAAUAUGCUGAUUUUGUAACUCAAGCAGUUUUGGCCUGUUCUGGGUAG